CGGCCGAUUCACAUGGCAAUAGCAUGAUUUGCCCAAUUCGGGACUGUAACGAGGUACUUUCUUGCCGAACAGCCGAGAAAAAUUGCUGUGAGUUAAUCACUGGAACAGUUAAUCUAGUGUUUGCCAAGUGAGGAAAAGCCUCACACACGGAAUGCGCGCCUCGGGAGCACACAAGACCUCUCUGCUCUGCUCUGCCAAUUGACUGUGAUUCCCCUGCCAGUGAUUUCUGCGCCUCACCCUCUUUUGCCAUUCCCCAAACACAGUGUGAGACACAGCUUUCAAGUAUGUCCAAGAAGCCAGCAAAUGGUCCGGCACUCCACAAAGUGAUCAUGGUGGGCAGUGGAGGUGUCGGCAAGUCUGCCCUCACCCUUCAGUUCAUGUACGACGAGUUCGUGGAGGAUUACGAGCCCACAAAGGCGGACAGCUACAGGAAAAAGGUGGUUCUGGAUGGCGAGGAAGUACAAAUUGACAUACUAGACACUGCCGGCCAGGAGGACUAUGCCGCCAUUCGGGACAACUACUUUCGCAGCGGCGAGGGAUUCCUCUGUGUCUUCUCCAUCACCGACGACGAGAGCUUUCAGGCCACCCAGGAGUUCAGGGAACAGAUCCUUCGCGUUAAGAACGACGAGAGCAUACCGUUCCUCCUUGUUGGCAAUAAGUGUGAUUUGAAUGAUAAGCGCAAAGUGCCACUCACAGAAUGCAAGGGCAGAGCACAGCAAUGGGGUGUUCCGUAUGUGGAGACUUCCGCCAAGACCCGGGAGAAUGUCGAUAAGGUGUUUUUUGAUCUGAUGCGUGAAAUUCGGUCGCGAAAAACGGAAGACUCAAAAACGACUAGUGGGCGAGCCAAAGAUAAAUGCAAAAGGCGGAAACUAAAGUGUACACUAAUAUAGAUAUAUCUUCAAUACUCUCAUCCAGGAAAUUGCAACGCGAAAGAAGAGCCAGUCGGAUAUUCAACAGCCCGCAAAAACCAAAACUCACUGCUGCCAAUUGCUAUAAAGGUCGG